AUUAUUUGUCAAGAUUCAUAAAAUGACGGAUUAUAUUCAGCAACUUGGCUGCUGUUACUUUAUAUCGUGGGAAAAUCGUAAAAUGUGGAAGUUGUAGAUGAACUUUUAUAUGUUGAUUAAUUUGUAUAAAAUUAUUUAAAACUGAAAUGGUUGUUUGGCUACUGGUCGUAUUGUUGUUUCCCGUAUUCUGCGAGUCGGCUUCACACUCUGUGCAAUGCAUACCACCGGGAAAAUCAGCGGCGGAUUAUAGCGAAAGUGAAAAUAGUGUAAUACAUGAUGACAAUAGAAAAAUCAAAAUACGUAAGCAAAGAACAUUCAUCCGGAAUCCCAACUAUAAAAACGCCAAUAAGGAAAUUGAAGAAUUAUCUAGGGGUAUGUAUAUCACGGAACUACCCUUGCCGCAUCCUGGAGCUCAACCAGGCAGCACGCAUGGCUGCGAGGAAGUUAUGCCCCUUGAGGGAAUUCAAAUAUAAUAAAAAGUAAUAAUCGUAUGCUAAUCAUAUUAAAUGUCCUAAGCACAUAACCUAACUUUGCACAUCGAUGUUGUUGUUAAGUGCACAUAUCUUUAAGCAAAUUGGGAUCUGUUGUAUGAGCGUUAUUCAUUUAAAAUGACAUACAUAAUGGCAUGUGAAAUAUAUUUACAAAUAACGUACACAUGGCAAAUUUCAAAAGUAAAUAAACACACAACAAUUUAAUUGAA